UGAUUGAAAAAAAUCCUAACAUCAAAGCCUGGUGGUGAACGCAUUAUGCAAGAGUAUGGAAAAACCAAAUCUCUGACAGAUGCCACCAGAAGACAGAUGAUCAACAUACUUGCUGCUGAGAUGACAGAAACACAUGGGACAUCCCCCCCCAAAAGUGUCAGAGUGAUGUAUGCACAGGGGAUAGUAGCUUUGUUUCCCUAUCUAGAAGACCCAUACUCACAACAUGGAUAUGAUCAUUACUACGAUCCGGAGAGUGGUUCCGGAUACCUUGCAUGGCGAUUGAAGACCAUACAAAGAAAAACAGCAGAGGAAAGAGGUGCCUCAGUCAGCAAAUCUCCUAAAGUUGGUGGGCCAGGCCGUGAUCGUCAGCCCUUCACCUAUGACAGAGAGCCAUCUGAUGAGGAUGUGGAAGCAGCUAUUGCUGUUUUGAGACACUCUGCUGAUGAAAACACUGUCUGUGAGAAGAUGAAAAUGACCUUCAUAUAUCGGCAAGCAAUGGUCAACGAUGAAGCCAAAUCAUCAGAUGUCUUCUCGGUCUUCCCAAGAUUUCUGGACACACCAGGACUGAUAGAACAAGAUUUCAGACUUCUGUUUGGUGAGGCCACAGCCAACAAAUUCUUGGAGAAGUGGCCAACCACUUUCAAAGCAAAAGUAAUAAAGGAAAGCCAUGGACUUGUAUCCACCACAGAACUCUUGGAUUUGAUGCGCAAUGCUGAGUCAGCUGCUGAAGUUGAGAAUGGCUGGGACAGUGACAUGUCUGCCAUCUUGCUGCUGCUACAUUUGCUACCACCAUCUGCACAAGGUAGAAAGAGGCCGGGAAAGAUGUCUGCAUAUCAAGCUGUAGAUCAGCUCAUCAGAUUUCAAAAGGUUGGAACCAGUGUGCAGCAGCAUCUUGACAACAUCACCCAAAGCAGUCAGCCCUACCUUCUCGCCCAGGGAUCCACACAGAGCAGCAUUCACUCCUACUUCAUUGUGGUUGACAAGCAUGCUCUUCCAUGCAAGGCAACAGGUUCAGUAGGAGCUUUUGACGAAGUCUUUAAAGCCCAUUACGUAUUUGGUACGUCAUACAGUUCUUCCUUGAGCAGCUUUUUCACUUUUGUGCAAACAACCAUCUAUAACAUCGACAUGGGGGAAACAAAGGAGACUCCUAGAGUUGCUGAGUUGCGAGCAAGAAUGGUGCGUUAGUUGAGAUAAAACUAUGAAGUGUUUUCUUUGCAAAAGUGACCAUGGAAGUCCAAACAACCUUGUUAAGCACCUUAAGAUAAUUCAUGGGCUAUGUACAGGCAGGACUCUUUUUCUGAAAUGUGGUCAAGAAGGAUGCUCACGUUCUUUUGGUAGCUUUUCUGGUUU